CUCUCUGUGACUCUCUCUCUCCCUCUCUCUCUCUCUCUCUCUGUCUCCUCAUACUACAAUCACACAGCAUACAGUAUUGUACAGUAUUGUGCAUCUUCUCUACUGCAGGUCUCUCUUCAGUGGUUGCUAUGGUCUGUUUUUGCAUUGCUAUGGGAGCUAUGCUCUCAUUGGCUCUGCCUGACUUGGUUACCAUGGAGACGUGUACAUCGGCAGGGACGCCUGGACAGCAUGGUUUCCCAGGGUUACCAGGAAGGGACGGACGAGAUGGAGAGACGGGGGAGAAGGGAGUGUCAGGUGUUGUAUCUGGACCAGGCCAGAUACCAGAGGGGGGCCAGAAAGGGGAGCCGGGUGUGAAGGGAGCGGUUGGGAAGCUAGGUCGUAGUGGUGUGAGAGGAGAUAAGGGAUCCCCAGGGUCAGAGGGACCCCAGGGAGAGCCAGGGGAGUCGGGCUCAGCAGGGUCUCUGCUCCAUUCUGCCUUCAGCGUGGCCAGAGGCACCGCCAGCCCUCCAGAGAAGGCCAGCCCCAUCAGAUUUACCUCUGUCAUCACUGAUGUUAACAAGGACUACAACACAGAGACUGGACGCUUCAGGUGCCGCGUGCCGGGGACAUACUACUUUGUGUACCACGCGUCGUCUGAGGAGAGACUGUGUCUGGUGUUCAAACUGGAUGGAACCAGUCUGGCCUCCUUCUGUGACCUGACGUACGGGGGCACGAAGAGACAGGUGAGUUCGGGGGGUCUGGCUACGUACUUGAAGAAGGAUCAGGAGGUGUGGUUAGAGACCAACGAUUACAACGGCAUGACGGGAAAACCUGAAGGGAACAGUCUCUUCUCUGGCUUCCUGCUCUACUCUCACUAACCUGAAGGGAACAGUCUCUUCUCUGGCUUCCUGCUCUACUCUCACUAACCUGAAGGGAACAGUCUCUUCCCUGGCUUCCUGCUCUACUCUCAUU